AUGGAAGAAGAGAAUUUAAAAAAUUUUAGUAUAAUAGAUAAUAGAGGUACUGAUAACCCAAUUAAUGCAUCAUGUGAUCAUAUAAUUGAUAAGAAUGGUAAUAUAAUAUAUAAAUGUUACAAUAAUAUUUAUAAAUUAACAUAUAGACAUAUAUAUAAAUAUAAAAGAAUAACUACAAUUAGUACCGAUGUAAUAUAUGACAAAAAUUAUAAUGCAUAUACUCCUUUAUAUCAUUAUUAUUAUGAUGAUGUAAAUCAAAAUGAGGAAAAUAAAUUGGACGAAAAAAAAGAUUAUGAUAAUAUAGACGAAAUAACUUAUAAUGAAAAAAGCACGAAGCAGGUAUGCUUAAAAUAUGAUUUGCAUGAAUUGCUAUUAUUACGUUUCUUAAAUUAUAAUGAUGAAAAUGAUUCAGAUGAAAUAUUAAAUAAAAAUUGCUUUUUAAAAGAAAGAAAAUUUGUGAAAUCCAACUCAGGAAAAUUUCAGAAAGAUAGAAAUAAUACUAAUACAUUGGCUAAUACCACUACUGCUAGCAAUAACAAUAGCCUUAUUAAUAACAUAAGUAUAAGUAAUAAUAUUAGAAUACGAAAUACAUAUAAUGAUGAUAAUUCUCAAGGAAAGAAUUAUAGUUAUUCAUUAAAUUCUUUAAAUAAUUUAAAUACUAAAGUUUUUAAAAAUCUAGAUGACAACUGUUAUAACUUACCAUUUAAUAAUAUAUAUAUUGAUAAGGAAGGAAAAAUGCAUUUAACAGAACAGGAUUUUUAUAGUUCUAAUAAUAAUUUUAAUAAUAAAAUUACAACAAAUAAAUAUGAUAGAAGUUUAAAUUUUCAAAAAAAAGAAAAAGAUCUAUCAUUGGAUUAUGAAUAUAAUGAUAAAAUAAAUAUAAGAAAAAACAACCCUGAAAAAUACUGGGACAAUCCAUCAUAUUAUCCCAAGAGAAAUAACUAUGAUAUUUUUACCUUAGGUGAUAUCAAAAAAUAUUCAAAAAAUAAUGAUAAACAAAAAAAUAGCUUAAAUUUGAAUGAUAACAAUUAUAGCAUAUUUAAAGAUAAUGAAGAAGAAAAUUUAACAAAAAGCAAUUUUGCUAAAUGGUUUAAGAACAAUAAUAUUAACGUUAAUGAAAAUAUAGAAAUAAUAAAAUAUUUAAGUAACAAGAAUAAUCAAUCAGACAAUGAAAUAAAGAGUAAUCAAAAAUCUUUUAAUGCUAGUAGAAACUAUGAAAAUGACGUUUAUAAUAAAAAUGAUAAUUCUACUAAUAUUAAUGCAUCUGAUGCAGGAGGUAAUGAAGAAAAAAUUAGUAAUACUGUUGCUGAACUUUUAAUAAAGCAAAUAUCUAUGAUUAAAGAACGUAAGGGGAUGGAUAAUAUAGAAAAAAAAAAGUCUCUUGGAUUCUUUGAUAGUAACUGUCAAGAUAGUAGUGGUAGUAUUAAUAUUGAUAAAAAUAAUAUAACAGAAAACGAAUUAUAUUCAAAAGAAGCAGGGAAAAAAAUAUUAGAAAUUUUUAAGACAUUUAAUUCUAAUAGUAUGCCACAAGAAUUAGGUCAACAACAAUUAUACAAUAAUAAUAUAAACACAAAUUAUUACAAUAAUAAUAAUAAUAAUAAUAAUAAUAAUAAAUAUUAUUCAAUGGAUAAUAUGAUAUAUAAAAAAAACUUUCUUGAUAAUUGUAUGAAUGAUGUAAAUAGCGUAGAUCAUUUAAUUAUGAAUAAAAAAUCAGUGAAGAGCAAAGAUAUUUUAAAUAAUUAUAAUUUACAAGAUAAUAAUAAAUUUUCACUGAAUUCAUUUAAUAAUUAUAAUAGUAUGAAUAGUUCUAAUAUAGAUAACUAUACACAUCCCAAUAAUAAUUUUAAUUCAUAUAAAAGUAAAAAUAGUACUCAAUGUAAUAUUAAUAUAACACCUAUAAUAAACUCAUUAUUACGUUUAGAUAAUGAAUAUGAAUAUAAUGAUAAUAGAAUUCCAUCAAACUCUAAUAAUUAUAUAUCAGAAAAUAUACAAAAUGCUAAAGUUAAUAAUGUUUUGGAUUCCUUAAAAUCAUUAUUAAAAGCAUCAAAGAAUCAAAAUAACAAAUCUUUUAAUACUUCAAAAAAUUUUAAUCAAAAUAAUAAAUAUAUAAAUCAUCACUCUCAGCAGUAUUAUUCAUCACAACCUAUGCAGCAGCAUCGUUCCUCUUUUAAUGAUUUUAACAAGAAAAAAUUUCAAAAAAAAGAUAAAUUUAAUAUGAAAUAUCUUGAAUCAGAUAUGACUACUAAUGAAACAAUAAUGGCACUUAAAAGUUUGAUUCAAAAUCAAAGUGAAAUAAAAAAGUAA